UGAAGCAGGUGUUAAACAUGGCGAUCUCGGCGAGCGGAUCUCUCUCCGUUUCACUCGUUAUUUGCCUGAUUCUAGGGACGUUUCUACAUAAAGGAGCUCCCCAGACCAUAACAGCGGAGGGUCAGAACCUGGUGACGGGAAACGUGUCCGUGGUCGAGGGAGAGACGGCCACCAUCAGCUGUCGCGUGAAGAACAACGACGACUCUGUCAUCCAGCUCCUCAACCCCAACAGACAGACCAUCUUCUUCAGAGACGUCAGGCCCCUGAAGGACAGCCGCUUUCAGCUGGUUAACUUCUCCGACAACGAGCUGCGGGUCUCACUGUCCAACGUGACGCUGGUGGAUGAGGGCCGGUACGUGUGCCAGCUCUACACGGACCCCCCACAGGAGGCCUACGCAGACAUCACUGUCCUGGUUCCGCCCAGCAACCCGAUCAUGGAGACGCGCGAAGAGGUGGUGAGCGAGGGCAACGAGACGGAGAUAACAUGCACCGCCAUGGGCAGCAAACCCGCCUCCAGCAUCACGUGGAUGAAGGGGGACGCGGUCUUGCAAGGUGAGGAGGCGGUGGAGGAGACAUAUGACAGGAUGUUCACCGUUACCAGCCGGCUCCGGCUUACCGUCUCCAAGGAGGACGAUGGAGUGCCCGUCAUCUGCAUCAUUGACCAUCCAGCCGUGAAGGACGUCCAAGCCCAGAAAUACCUGGAAGUGCAGUAUAAACCGGAAGUGAAGAUUGUAGUAGAGUUUCCCGAUGGCCUGACAAGAGAAGGGGAAAACCUUGAACUGACCUGCAAAGCCAAGGGCAAACCACAACCUCAUCAGAUUAACUGGUUCAAAGUGGAUGACGAUGUUCCCUCCCACGCUGUCAUUACGGGCUCUGAUCUCUUAAUUGAGAACCUUAACAAGUCCUACAAUGGGACGUAUCGCUGUGUGGCAUCCAACCUGGUGGGGGAAGCGUAUGAUGACUACAUCCUCUAUGUGUACGAAGUUCUCACCACAUCCCCCUCUCCCACUCCUCCCACCAUCGAGCCUGACGCUGCCCAAGAUUCAAGAGCAGAGGGUGGGCCGAGGAAUAUCGAUCAUGCCGUCGUGGGCGGGGUCGUUGCCGUGGUCGUGUUUGCUGCACUAUGUUUGCUUAUUGUCCUGGGCCGGUACUUCGCCAGACACAAAGGUACCUACUUCACUCACGAGGCCAAGGGGGCGGAAGACGCGGCGGAUGCCGACACAGCGAUCAUCAACGCUGAGGGCGGCCACGGCCACGUGGAUGACAAGAAGGAAUACUAUAUCUGACUCUGACCGAAGCCGU